AUGGCCGCCUUGCUCUUUGCCAUCUAUGUUGUCAGUGCCCUCGCUGCGCGGUCUGGCAAAGGAGGCCCUAGCAGUCUUUCCUCGCUGGGCCCGCCAAUGGACGAGGCUGCCUGGCAGGGCAUUAAGAUCACUGAUGUGAUGCCUGGCUUUCGUGUGAAGGACCUGAAGCUUGCGACGAAGUGCUCCAGACAGGUGCGUCGCGGUGAUGCAGUCCGUGUCUUUCUUCGGGCGCAGACGGGUCCGCAGCAUGAAGAGCAAGCCACUUCAAAAGACGAUGCCGAGCAGAAUUUCAUCGUGGGCAACUCGCUGGGCUUAGCAUAG